AAAGCAAAACAAACAAGGUGCCCGACGAGCGGCAGACCGCAUCCUCUUAGAAGAAGCUGACUUGUGGAAUUUGAAUCCUGUUUGAAGGAGGAGAGAAGAAGGAGGCGAAAAGAAGGAGGAGGAAGGAGAGGGAGUGGAGGAAUUUUCGCACACUGUGACGGAACACCGAAGUAGAAACUCCUCCACUAGAGUCAAACCUUUUCUUUGCACCUCAGAAGCAACCAGGUUUCCUAUCGGGACUUUAUUUGUGGUGGACUUUUGGACUUUUAAGAGAACUUUUCUCCUCUCAAUCGCGACAAGAUGAGAUGAUGGACUCCGGUGAUGUUUCCGAGAAGUCCGCUUUCACGGUCCUCUUCUUGUUCUUGUUCAUGUUCGGUCCGGCAAAGGUGGCCAGCAUUGAUCGAGACUUGGAGUUCACGGAGAGUCCUGCGGCGGUGGUCUCGUCUCUGGGCCGCCCCGUGAGGCUGCAGUGCAGGCUCAGGGCGGGAUACGGCGAGGAGGAGGAGCGUCCCGACGUGGAGUGGCUGAAGGACGGCUUGCCGCUUCACGGCGCCGAGACGGACCAGCUGGAGGUGCCAAACGGCCGCCAGCACUGGGUGGUGGUGAGCAUGCUCAGGAUUGAUAAGGUCCAGCUUGCGGACAUGGGAAGUUAUCAGUGUACGGUCCAGGUAGAAGGCCAGCAGAUCUUGUCUAAGGAGGGAAGCAUCCUGCUUGAGGGUCUUCCUCACUUCUCCACUGAGCCUCAGCACAUGUCUGUGGUGGCCAACGAGUCACUGAGCCUGCGCUGCGUGGCCCACGGCCCACCAGAACCCGUACGAGUCAUCUGGUUGCAAGACGGGGCUCCUCUGAACACCCUGGAUGACCCGGUGGCCAUGUCGCCCUCCGUGCUCAACCUCACAGGCUUGAACCGAACCAGCACUUUCUCCUGCGAGGCCCAGAACAACAAGGGCGUGGCCGCCUCUGGAUCUGGCACCAUCACGGUGCUGCCGGCUCCGCCUCACCACCUGAGGGCCUCCAAUGUCACGCCGACCAGCCUCUGCUUGUCGUGGCAACCCGGCUUUGGAGGCGACUACCAGAUCGUGCGCUGCUCUGUGCAGGCCUCGUCAGGAGAUGAAGACCGGAUCAUCCACAACCAAAAUGUCAACGUCCCGCCGGCUGAACUCCUCCUGGAGGAUUUGGAGCCACACAGCCACUACGCCUUCAGGGUGGCGUGUCACAGCAGCCAGGGGCCGUCGGACUGGUCGCCCUGGGUAGACGUGCACACGGCAGAAGGAGUGCCUGACAAUCCACCAGACAACGUAACGGUGGUACUGAACGGGACCAAGGUCCACCUGGUCUGGGAGAAACCUGCAGGGAAGCUGAAUGGUGACCUUCAGGGCUACCUGGUGGUCUACAGCACGCCCACCAUGCAGGAAGCGGUUGUCAUGGAUGCCGGCCUGGACACACAGCUGUCAAUCAACCUGUCUGUCCCACUCAGCAACAUCACCUAUCAGGUGUGUGCGUACACAGACACGGGGGAAGGACCCUGGACUCCGCUGCAGACUGUGACGUUCAUAUCUGCUGAGUUUCGAGGCCUGUCAUCGCCACCGGCCUUCUCCUGGCACUGGUGGUACGUGGUGAUGGCCGCCACCGGUGCCGUGGCCUUGGCCGUGCUCAUGAUCGUGUACGUGGCUAAGCUGCGGCAGAAGCAAACACGCUUCGGCGAUGCCUUCGAGCCCAUGAUGGAGAGCGGGGAGCUGGUGGUGCGAUACCGAGCGCGCCGCUCUUACAGCCGCAGGUCCACUGAGGCUACAUUGAACAAUCUGGGCAUCAGCGACGAGCUGAAGCAGAAGCUGCAGGACGUGAUGGUGGACAGACACAAGCUGACGCUGGGAAAGACGCUGGGAGAAGGAGAGUUUGGCUCGGUGAUGGAAGGUCUGCUGACCCAAGAAGACUCUGUUCUCCGAGUGGCCGUCAAGACCAUGAAGAUCGCCAUCUGCACGCGCUCAGAGAUGGAGGACUUCCUGCGCGAGGCCAUCUGCAUGAAGGACUUUGACCACUCCAAUGUCAUGAGGCUGCUGGGUGUGUGUCUGCAGACCGUGGAGAGCGAAGGCUACCCCUCCCCCGUGGUCAUCCUGCCCUACAUGAAGCACGGCGACCUGCACAGCUACCUUCUCUACUCGCGGCUGGGAGACUGUCCCGUGUACCUCCCCGCUCAGAUGUUGGUGAAGUUCAUGACGGACAUCGCCCGCGGUAUGGAGUACCUCAGCAGCAAGAACUUCAUCCACAGGGAUCUGGCCGCACGCAACUGCAUGCUGAACGAGAACAUGAACGUGUGCGUGGCCGACUUCGGCCUCUCCAAGAAGAUCUACAACGGCGACUACUACCGUCAGGGGCGGAUCUCCAAGAUGCCCGUCAAGUGGAUCGCCAUCGAAAGCUUGGCGGACAGAGUCUACACCACCAAGAGCGACGUGUGGUCGUUUGGCGUCACCAUGUGGGAGAUCGCCACCAGGGGUCAGACGCCGUAUCCCGGCGUGGAAAACAGCGAGAUCUACGAUUAUCUGCGUCAGGGGAAUCGCCUCAAGCAGCCUCCAGACUGUCUGGAUAGCAUAUACGCUCUGAUGUUCACCUGCUGGCUGCUGAGUCCAAAAGAUCGCCCGUCGUUUGAGUCGCUGUGUUGCGAGCUGGAAAAGACCCUCGAGGACCUGCCGGACCCCCAGGACCCGGAAGAGAUCCUGUACGUGAACAUGGACGAAUCCUCUAUGGAGCUGGGCGCCGUGGGCGGCUGCGACCCCACAGGGGGGUCCGCUCCUCUGUGCCUGAAGGGCUUGGAGGUGACCACGGCGGAGGUGCACCGCCCCAACCGCUAUGUCCUGUGUCCCCAGCACGAAAGCAGCCGAGCCCUGGGAGACUCCCUGGAGAGUCUGGACAUGCCCGUGUCGUCCUCCGCAGCCACGCUGCCCCUGCACCCAUCCCGACAUUCCACCCCCAACCUUACCCCCACGCCCACCACCGAGCUUCUGGAGCAGCGGGAUGAGACACGGAAGGUUCCUUGGCAGUAAUGAAGUGGAAAGCCUCUUAUAUUUUUGUGGGAAAAGAGGCUGUAAGACUGCAUGAAAUCUUUUUUUGCACACACACACACACACACACACACUCCACGUCUUUUUUUCUCCUAAAAGUGUUGUCACAUGACUGUUAAAAGUUCAGCACCUUCUGGAGGCGGCAUCAUUGUUUGACACCAUCGCUGAUGAUGAACAUUCCUGCAGCUUAGCUAAAAGGACAAAACAGGAAAACUCUUGUCGCCGGGUCUCAUGGCUGUCUCCACUGACGGUACCAAACAGUCCAGACGGUCCAAAUACUCCCAAGAAGCACAGUGACUUUUAUUUUCUACGCUGAUUUUUCUACCUUACCAACUUUUGCACUAGUGUAUUUUUCAUGUCAAGGUUUUGUGUCUAUGUGUAUGCUUUGGGUUUUUUUUCCCCACUUUUCCAUGUGAUGGAGCGCUUUUUGCUCUCAACACUCGUCUGUUACAAAACAGCAGCGGCUGGCAUCUUAAAGGCACUUAUUUUAUACUCGGUACUGUAUAUAUUUUAUACUCGGUACUGUAUAUAUGGGCCACCUUUUCUUAUUGGAUUGAUGGAAUUAGAGGACAAAAAGUGUUUCAAGAAGGUACGCCGUGAAUUGUAAAGUGGUACAGUAAUCCCUCAGCACUUUGCGCUCAUGCUGUUUUGUAGUGUAAUAUGUUAAAGAAAUGCAUAUUUAAGCUAAUUUUAUGUAUUUUUUUGUUGUAAGUGAAGCAUCAAAAUGACUAAAUGAAGUCAAAUACAAAUAUAAGGCAUUCAGAAGGCGCAUUCAAAGACGUUGUAAUAUGUAGUAUUCUACACUGGUCACUAGGUGUCAGUAAUGUUACUGUAUUAAGUAAAACACACAAGAACCAGAUUGGCCAAGUUUGAAAUAUUUCUCGACAGGCACAAUAAUCCCGAACGCUAAUCCAGACCAAGCUAAAAUUCAACUCUGAAUUUAUGUCACUUAUAUACUAUACAAUACUGGGUAGUAAGAAUGUGUAGGUGACUAUAGGGGUGCUAUUUCAUGUCGAUGCUCUAACGAUGAGAAUUUAAAUUCACUUAUUGCAGCCGUGUCUGGAACCAGUUACGAUGAUAAACGAGGGAUUACUGUACUUUGCAUACUUAGCUAGCCGUCCAUGUUGAAUGUAGAUGCUGUGAUGAACGUGCCUUCAGAGCUCAUACAAUGCCCCCUUGUCCACGUGCUGACUGAACAAACCACAUUUAUUGUGUCACUUUUAUGGUUUUAUAAAGUUAUCUCCUGCAUUUUGUACAAAAAAUGGUGUUUCCAUG